UAUACACACGAUGCACCUGUCUUUUUUCAGGUCCGGCCGGUAUUUGCCCCCAGGACCAGCAGAGGGCGGCCCGGAUUGGCUCCACGCGUGCUUUCCACCCCAGCCCGGCCGGACUCAGAGCAGCACAGAGAAUCCCGGGGUAGCGGCCACCUCGUUCUCAGACCAGCAGCGGGGUGGGAGGAGCAGUCCCGCCCCCAGCCCGAGCCCCAGGCACCUGCAGCGCGCGGAAGGCGCAGGGGACGCACGGAGCGCCUGGCUCUGACGCUCUCCUGCCGGCACCUCCUCCCCAUACCUGAGUGGGGAGCGGCGGAGCUUAGCUACCGCCUCCUCCUCCUCCUCCUCCUCCAUCUCUCCCUCCUCCUUCCCCUCCUCCUCUGCUGCUCCUCCCAACCUUAGCCCUAACUCCAACCUGGCUGCCGUCCGAGUAAAGGUCGCUCCGGAGGAAAAAAAGAGCCAGGAAACAGAGCCUCGGCAGAACAAGGAGGGGAAAGUGGGAGGGUGAUUUAAAAAAAAAAAGAAAGAAAGAAGGAAAAACUCUUUUUAAGCGCAGGAAGAUGGCGCCAGACCGGCAGCGGCUGGUGUGAGAGCCACUCGGGACAGCAAGCAGCACCGGGAGCCGGGGAUUGCCCUGGAGAGAGGGGCCGGAUCGCUGAAGCUAGGGCUGAGCUUCCAGACGCGCCUCCGGGCUCGUCUGCUGCGCGGGCUGGGUCAUGUCGGUCAGCGAGCUCUAUAGCCAGUUCACAAGGGUUUGGAUCCCUGAUCCUGAUGAAGUGUGGCGAUCAGCAGAGAUAGUCAAGGACUACAAGGAUGGUGAGAAGGUUCUCCAUCUUAAACUUGAAGAUGAAACUAUCCAAGAAUACCCGAUUGAUCUCAAUAGCAACCAACUCCCCUUCUUACGAAAUCCAGAUAUCCUGGUGGGAGAAAAUGACCUAACAGCUCUUAGUUAUCUUCAUGAACCUGCAGUUUUGCAUAAUUUAAAAGUUCGUUUCUUGGAGUCGAACCAUAUCUACACUUAUUGUGGUAUUGUGCUUGUUGCCAUCAACCCCUAUGAGCAGUUGCCAAUCUAUGGACAAGAUGUCAUAUAUGCCUAUAGUGGCCAAAACAUGGGAGACAUAGAUCCUCACAUCUUUGCAGUGGCAGAAGAAGCCUACAAGCAGAUGGCCAGAGAUGAAAAGAACCAGUCCAUCAUAGUAAGUGGGGAAUCAGGAGCCGGAAAGACAGUGUCAGCUAAAUAUGCCAUGAGAUAUUUUGCCACAGUUGGGGGCUCUGCCAGUGAAACCAACAUUGAAGAAAAAGUCCUUGCAUCUAGCCCCAUCAUGGAGGCCAUUGGAAAUGCUAAAACCACUCGAAAUGACAAUAGUAGUCGCUUUGGAAAGUAUAUCCAGAUUGGAUUUGAUAAGAGACAUCACAUCAUUGGAGCCAACAUGAGGACCUACCUAUUGGAAAAGUCCAGGGUUGUCUUUCAGGCAGAUGAAGAAAGGAAUUAUCACAUCUUCUAUCAGCUCUGUGCAGCAGCCAGCCUUCCAGAGUUUAAAGAGCUUGCACUUACAUGUGCCGAAGACUUUUUCUAUGUCUCUCAGGGAAGAGACACAUCUAUUGAUGGUGUGGAUGAUGCAGAAGAUUUUGAGAAAACCAGACAGGCCUUUACUCUUCUUGGGGUGAGAGAGUCCCAUCAGAUAAGUAUCUUUAAGAUAAUUGCUUCUAUACUGCACCUUGGAAAUGUGGAGAUUCAAGCUGAACGUGAUGGAGAGUCCUGUAGCAUAUCACCCCAAGAUGAACACCUCGGGAAUUUUUGUACAUUGCUGGGGGUUGAGCACAGUCAGAUGCAGCAUUGGCUAUGUCAUCGAAAACUAGUCACCACCUCUGAGACCUAUGUCAAGACCAUGUCACUGCAGCAGGUGGUCAAUGCCAGGAAUGCCCUGGCUAAACACAUCUAUGCCCAGCUGUUCAACUGGAUCGUGGGGCAAGUCAAUAAAGCUCUACACACUGCCCUCAAGCAGCACUCCUUCAUUGGCGUUCUCGACAUCUAUGGAUUUGAAACUUUUGAGGUGAAUAGUUUUGAACAGUUUUGUAUCAACUAUGCAAAUGAAAAACUCCAGCAGCAAUUCAAUUGGCAUGUCUUCAAACUGGAGCAAGAAGAAUAUAUGAAGGAGCAAAUCCCAUGGACCUUGAUUGAUUUUUAUGAUAACCAGCCUUGCAUUGACCUGAUAGAAGCUAAACUUGGCAUCUUGGAUCUGUUGGAUGAGGAAUGCAAGGUUCCCAAAGGCACGGAUCAGAAUUGGGCUCAAAAAUUGUAUGACCGGCAUUCCAGCAGCCAGCACUUUCAGAAACCCAGAAUGUCCAAUACCUCUUUCAUUGUCUUACAUUUUGCAGAUAAGGUGGAGUACCACUCCGAUGGAUUUCUUGAAAAAAACAGAGACACUGUGUAUGAAGAACAAAUCAACAUCCUGAAAGCCAGCAAGUUUCCACUAGUGGCUGACUUAUUCCAAGAUGAUAAAGACACAGUAUCUGCUACUUCUUCAUCUGGGAAAGGGACAUCUUCAAAAAUCAGUAUUCGCUCUGCUAGACCUCCCAUUAAAGCUGCCAACAAGGAGCACAAGAAAACUGUGGGGCAUCAGUUCCGUACCUCCCUGAACCUGCUCAUGGAGACACUGAAUGCCACAACACCCCACUAUGUCCGCUGUAUCAAGCCAAAUGAUGAAAAGCUUCCCUUCCACUUUGAUCCAAAAAGAGCAGUCCAGCAACUCAGAGCCUGUGGGGUACUGGAAACCAUCCGUAUCAGUGCAGCUGGCUAUCCAUCCAGGUGGACCUAUCAUGACUUCUUCAACAGAUACAGAGUACUCAUUAAAAAGAGAGAGCUCUCCAACACUGACAAAAAAGUCAUCUGUAAAAAUGUCCUGGAGAGCCUUAUCAAGGACCCUGAUGCAUUCCAGUUUGGCCGCACCAAAAUCUUUUUCCGGGCAGGCCAGGUAGCAUACCUGGAAAAACUUCGGGCAGACAAAGUCCGGGCAGCCACCAUCAUGAUCCAAAAAACUGUGAGGGGCUGGCUACAGAAAGUGAAGUAUCGCAGGUUGCGAGGGGCUACCUUAACUCUGCAGAGGCACACUCGGGGUUACCUUGCACGCAGGUUGGCUGAGCUUUUACGGAAAACCAAGGCAGCCAUUGUCAUCCAGAAACAGUAUCGGAUGCAAAUGGUCCGUCAAGCCUAUAAAAGGAUCUACAGAGCUACGGUCACUAUCCAGGCCUUUACCCGAGGCAUGUUUGUACGGAGAGCCUACCGCCAGAUGCUGUUGGAACACAAGGUCACCAAGAUCCAGAAACAUGCCCGGGGUUGGAUGGCCAGGAGGAGAUUUUUGCAGUUUCGGAGGGCGGCCAUUGUCAUCCAGUGUGCCUUCAGGCGCUUGAAAGCGAAGCGGGAGUUGAAGGCUCUCAAGAUUGAAGCCCGUUCUGCUGAGCACCUGAAACGAUUGAAUGUGGGAAUGGAGAACAAAGUGGUCCAGCUACAGAGGAAGAUUGAUGAUCAGAACAAAGAAUUCAAGAACUUGACAGAGCAGCUCUCCACAGUGACCUCUGCCCACAACAUGGAGGUGGAGAAGCUGAAGAAGGAGCUGAUAAGAUACCAGCAGAGCCAAGAUGGAGACGACAGCCAGCGACUGAGCCUCCAGGAAGAGAUUGAGAGCCUCCGGGCAGAGUUACAGAAAGCCCACUCAGAGAGGAAAAUCCUCGAAGACAUCCACAGCCAGGAGAAAGAUGAGCUGACAAAGCGCGUAUUGGACUUGGAACAAGAGAAUGCACUUUUGAAAGAUGAAAAAGAAAUGCUUAACAACCAGAUCUUGUGCCAAUCUAAAGAUGAAUUUGCAAAAAAUUCAGUAAAGGAGACUCUCCUAAUGAAGAAGGAGCUGGAAGAGGAACGGUCACGAUACCAAAACCUCGUGAAGGAGUAUUCCCGACUGGAGCAAAGCUAUGACAACCUUAGGGAUGAGAUGACUAUCAUAAGGCAAACCCCAGGUCAUAGGCGAAACCCUUCAAACCAGAGUAGUUUAGAAUCUGACUCGAAUUAUCCAUCAGUUUCCACAUCUGAGAUUGGAGAUACUGAAGAUGCAAUCCAACAAGUGGAGGAAAUGGGCCUGGAGAAGGCAGCUAUGGAUAUGUCUGUCUUUCUGAAGCUGCAGAAGAGAGUUCGGGAGCUGGAGCAGGAAAGAAAGAAAUUGCAAACUCAAUUGGAAAAGAAAGAACAACAAGAAAGCAAGAAAGUCCAGGUAGUUGAAGCAAAUAAUGGAAUAGAUGCAGACCAAGAUGCAGAUCUGGCCUACAACAGCCUGAAGAGACAAGAACUUGAGUCAGAAAACAAAAAGCUGAAGAAUGAGCUGAAUGAGCUGAGAAAGGCAGUGGCCGACCAGGCCAUGCAGAACAACUCGACCCAUGAUGUCCAGGACAGCUAUACCCUUCUGCUGAACCAGCUCAAGUCAGCCAAUGAGGAGCUGGAGGUUCGCAAGGAGGAGGUGCUCAUUCUCAGGACCCAGAUUGUGAGCGCUGACCAGAGGAAGCAUACUGGCAGGGGCAUGGAGCCAAACAUUAAUGCCCGAACCAGUUGGCCCAACAGUGAAAAGCAUGUGGACCAGGAAGAUGCCAUUGAAGCCUAUCAUGGGGUCUGUCAGACAAAUAGCAAGACUGAGGACUGGGGAUAUUUGAAUGAAGAUGGAGAACUCGGCUUAGCCUACCAAGGCCUAAAGCAAGUUGCCAGGUUGCUGGAAGCGCAGCUGCAGGCCCAGAGUCGAGAGCACGAAGAAGAGAUGGAGUCAUUGAGGAGCCAGAUUGAAACCUUGAAGGAAGAAAUGGACAAGCAGCAGCAGAGCUUCUGCCAGACGCUCCUAUUGUCUCCUGAGGCGCAGGUGGAGUUUGGAGUCCAACAAGAAAUAUCCCGACUGACUAAUGAAAACCUGGACCUCAAAGAGUUGGUAGAAAAACUGGAAAAGAAUGAGAAGAAACUGAAAAAACAAUUGAAGAUUUAUAUGAAGAAAGUCCAGGAUCUAGAAGCUGCCCAAGCAUUAGCACAGAGUGAGAGGAAGCGGCAUGAACUUACCAGACAGGUCACAGUCCAAAGGAAGGAGAAGGAUUUCCAGGGAAUGCUGGAGUACUGCAAAGAAGAUGAGCCCCUUCUCAUUCGGAAUCUGGUGACAGAUCUGAAACCUCAGACUCUGUCAGGCACAGUUCCAUGUCUUCCUGCUUACAUCCUCUACAUGUGUAUCAGACAUGCAGAUUAUGUCAAUGAUGACCUUAAAGUUCAUUCCCUGCUCACCUCAACCAUCAAUGGCAUCAAGAAAGUACUAAAGAAGCACAAUGAUGAUUUCGAGAUGACAUCCUUUUGGUUAUCCAAUACAUGCCGCCUUCUUCAUUGCUUGAAGCAGUACAGUGGGGAUGAGGGAUUCAUGACCCAGAAUACCCCCAAACAGAAUGAACACUGUCUUAAAAAUUUUGACCUCACUGAAUACCGCCAAGUCUUAAGCGAUCUCUCCAUCCAGAUUUACCAGCAGCUCAUUAAGAUCGCAGAGGGCAUGUUACAACCGAUGAUAGUGUCCGCCAUGUUGGAAAAUGAAAGCAUUCAGGGUUUGUCUGGAGUGAAACCAACAGGCUACAGGAAACGAUCUUCCAGCAUGGUAGAUGGGGACAAUUCCUACAGCCUCGAUGCCAUCAUACGCCAGAUGAAUUCCUUUCACAGUGUGAUGUGCGAUCAGGGCCUUGAUCCUGAGAUCAUACAGCAGGUGUUUAAGCAGCUCUUCUACAUGAUCAAUGCUGUAGCCCUCAACAACCUCCUGCUCAGGAAGGAUGUCUGUUCUUGGAGCACAGGCAUGCAACUCCGGUAUAAUAUAAGCCAGCUUGAGGAGUGGCUUCGUGGGAAGAAUCUCCACCAGAGUGGAGCAGCAGAGACAAUGGAGCCUCUGAUCCAUGCAGCACAGCUCCUGCAGUUAAAAAAGAAAACUCCUGAAGAUGCUGAAGCCAUUUGCACCUUAUGUACCUCCCUCAGUACACAGCAGAUUGUCAAAAUCCUCAAUCUUUAUACGCCCCUGAAUGAAUUUGAGGAACGAGUGACAGUAGCCUUCAUAAGAACAAUUCAGGCACAACUACAAGAUCGAAAUGACCCUCAGCAGCUGCUAUUAGACUUCAAGCACAUGUUCCCUGUCUUAUUCCCAUUUAACCCAUCCUCCCUGACCAUGGACUCGAUUCACAUCCCUGCAGCUCUCAAUCUGGAGUUCCUCAAUGAAGUGUGAAGACUUGGCUUCAGACCCAAUUGUGACAGUAUGAAGAAGGAUAUUGCCAGGACCGGAAAAAGUUUGUUAACCCAGAGAGAAGUGGCCCCUCUUCCUGAUUUUUAACAGGGAAGUUUAAAUUAUUUCACAAAUUACCAGUUACAUGACCCAAUUAUUCUUAACUGUAGUUUCCCUUGAGAGUUCACAACAAAGAACUCAUAGGACCUAGAAACAGAUACAUACCUCUUUCCUUAGCAUUUCUCCCUAGCAAAUACUUCCUUCUUUCCUUCCUGGCCUCUGUUAUCACCCUCAUCCAUGUGGUUUUAGAACAGCAGAACACUCCCCUCUUGUUAUGAUGACAAAGAUUUCAAAUUUAAUCCUCUGUUUAUAUGACCACCUUUACUUCCACAACAAAUAUUUGUAACUUAUUUUGGGGUAUCUCUGAACCAGGGCCCCACUUGCUCUGUCUUGUGCCUUUGAGCUUUGGCUAGCUCAAAAGUACAAGUGGCAUCUUCCUUUCCAUGCUUCCCUUAAGCUUCUUUCUUUUAAGCUUCAUUCACCAGAUAGGGAAAAAUUUUGAUUUUCUAAAGAAAAAGGUGUCUAUAAAGGCAAUUACUGCCAACUGUCCCUAACUAGCUUCUUUCUACCUUCAGUUUCCCUAGACUGUUGCCUAUUUUUCAGGGGUCCUUAGUUAAUCAUAAAAACAACAAAAAUUUAUGGUAGGUAAUGCUUAGCCAUUAGAAUAAAACAGAAAUUUAUCUACUGAAGUUUUUUUUUUUUUUCCUUCAUAGAUAUUCUAAUUAAUCACAGAAUUCAUUCUUAUUUUUUUCCUAAGGGAUUACAGCUGGAGCUGUAAUUUAAUUUAUGUGUAUUAUAUUUUUAAAAACAUAAGAUUUUUAUAGGACAUUAGUAUAGAAAUAUAUAGAAAAUGAAUAUUUAAUGUUUAGAUCUGUAAUAUUUAACUUACCACUCAGUUUGUGCUUGGAAGGGAACUCUUUUCGUAUCUUUAAUGUAAAAAUCUUUGGUUGACUAUUUUUGCUCCCUGCAUUUAAAAAGCACACUUAAUGCAACUUUAUUCACUCACACAUCCUCAAUUCCAUGGAAAUCAGAAUGGCAUUUUGAUUUAAGAAUAUAGUUCAAUAAGAUAAUGACAAGGUUGAGAUCUAUCUUUAUUAAAAUCUCAAAUGAGCACCUUUCCCACUCUGUGCCUUCAGCCGGCUGAUUUCUCAAUUGCUAUUUUCCUGGAAUAAGCAUUAUUGUGGGAAGAAUUUUAAUGUUCUAUAUAACAUUGUGGUGGAUUUAUAUUUAUUCAGUAAGUCAUUCUGAAUUGUUUUAAAUAUUACAGAAGAAAAAAAAGAUUUACAGAUCACAUCACUUAGGUUGAUGGACUUUUUAAGUAUGUGAAGAAUGAUCCCAUUAUAUUCAGUUACUUAUAUGUACAUAGCAUUUACUUAACUAAUCCUUGCUGACACUGUUGAGGCAUCUUUUUCCUAACAUAUGCAUUCUAUCUGGGCUGCUAUAGUUGUUUGAAACAACUAGGAUGUUGCAAUACACAAAUAUACAUAAGAGUUUUUUCCCCUUUUCCUUGGGGCAUGUUAAUAAUAAUAACUCCUCUGGAGUUUCUAAUGCCAAGUUUUAAAGUUAUUUUUAAAGCACUUAGAAGUUUAGGGAAAAAAAAUCAGCUGCCACAACCAGGUCAAUCAGCACAUAUACAUUGUCUGAAUUACCCCUUUAUUUAAAAAAAGGGGGGAGGGAGUCUGUAGUUGCCUUUUCAUUUAAUAUUAAACACUAUGACAAAUUUUCCCAAUACUACUGCAACAAGAGUAUCAUAACUGAAUGACUACAUAAUGCCUGAACUAUUAAAUAGCUACUAAAAUAUGAAACACAGGGUAGGAUCCUCUAGUUGUGGUUCAUAGAAACCUUUCUCCACACCAGGUAUUAUCAAAUUAAGCCCGAUGUUAUUGCAUGUAUAGCUAAAUAUUCAUGGUUUACUUCUCUGCCAUCCUGAUGCCAUAAUUAGAUUGGGGAGGAAAAACAAAUAGACUAGAAAUUUUUUUACAAUACUAAGAGUAAUAAAAUGAUAUUGGUUUUGUUUAUUUUAAAGGUCAUUGGAUGAAAAAAAUUUUCCUACAUUCUACAAACUUUAAUACUUUUAAAUGGGAUAAAUCUGAAAUAAAAUUAAAAGUUUUCUUAAAGUGCACCUCAAACCUGGCAAGAGUUGUAACAUUUUUGCCUCCAAAUGAUGUUUAAAAGAAACAGCUUUUCUCUCUGAAGGAAUUUCAAUGAUAUUCAGGGGAUGAAUCAGAUAUCAGAAAUGAAAUACUACUGAUAAAAGAAUAUUUUUCCAUUUUGAACAAAUCUGUAAACUACACCUUUGUUUAUAGGAAAAUGCUUAUAAUAGUCGCUGUAAUAUUCAGCUGUGGAUAAAAAUUUGUGGAAAUAAAUACUUUUGAAUAAAUAUGGGUCUGCAAAUCUAAAUGAAAUCUAGAAAUCUUUGCAGCCAAAUUUGGCUGAAAAGAAAAAAAUUAACAUAUCUUCUGGGGACUAAGGGAUAGAAGACUGAAGUCAAACAUCUUAUCAAUGAUAGAUACUGCCAAUCUUUUCCUCUCCCCUAUCCCAUGCACAUGUGAACAGUAGAUCUGUGAGUUAAUUUGAUUUUUUAGGAAGAAAUAUAGAAUUGUACAAUAAUAGCUAUUUGAACUUUUUAAGCAGUGAUUCUACUACUAAGAUUACUUUAAGAAUGUUGUUCUUGGGGCAGCUAUUUGGUGCAGUGGAUGGAGCACCAG